AUGACGAAACUGAAAGAGCUGAUAGGAAUAAUGAAGGACAAAGCAUCGCAGGGCAAAGCCGCGAUCCUCUCCAAACGCGCCACUCUCUCUCUCCUCCGAGCCACCAGCCACGACUCCUUCGCCCCUCCCACGCGGGAUCACCUCUCCACGCUCCUCUCCUCCGGCGAUGGCUCACGCGCCACCGCCUCCGACGCCGUAGACCUCCUCACCGGCCGCCUCCAGACCACCCAGAGCUCCGCCGUGGCGCUGAAAUGCCUGAUCGUGGUGCACCACGUGAUCAGGCGUGGCAGCUUCAUCAUGAGGGACCAGCUUCCAUACAGCGGCGGCAGGAACCACCUUAACCUCUCCAAAUUCAGAGACAAAAGCAGCCCCGUGUGUUGGGAACUCUCUUUGUGGGUACGAUGGUACGCUAAACACGUGGAACAGCUUCUCUGGGCUUCCAGAAUUGUCGGAUUCUUACCAACCGAAAAAGAGAAAGCUUCGGGUCUUACCAACGAGGAGUUGUUGAGAGAGACGGAGGCUUUGUUAACGCUUCUAGAAGGGAUUGGAAACAUACCCAACGCUGCAUCCAUGGAAGGGAAUAGAUUAGUUUCUGAAGUAGCGACUUUGGUGGAAGAAGAUGGGGUUGCGGUGUUGAGUGAGAUUUUUCUUAGAGUUAACGAGUUUAGAGAGAGAUUGGUGUGUCUCGGUUUUGGAGAAGUAGUGGAAUUGGUUUACGUCUUGAAUAGAUUGGGCAAGUGUAAAGAGAUAUUGGUGAUCACAGAGAAACAGAAGUUAUGGGAUUUAGUGAGAGAAUUGAAGGUGAAGAUAGAGAAGAUGGAAGUGUAUAGGGAAGAAGGGAAAAGAACGGUGACAACACAGAGAGCAACAAAGUCAGAUAGGUUUGCUCUCACGCUUGUGAAUUCCGUUGAUUUGGGACGGUUUCCCUCUGCAAGGUUCUUGUGA